GAUUCCAACUUUGCAGGAGAAAUUUUAUAUGGAAGGAGUCUUUUACUGCAAGAUCAGAGCAAUGGGAGGAAGGUUGGUGCUGUUAGAAGGAAAUGAAUAUGAAGACUUAAAGGAGCUGGUCGAAAAUGGCAAAGAUUGGUUAGGAAAUUGGUUCGAAGAAAUCAAACCAUGGUCACCAAACAUGGUGGCAAGGGAGAGGUUCGCAUGGAUUAGAUGCUUGGGAUUACCUCCACACGCAUGGAAGACGGACUUUUUCCAAUCACUCGGAAAUCUGUGGGGCACUUUUGUUUCGGUGGAUGAUAGCACAAGCAAGAAAAAACGCCUUGACGUUGCUCGGUUCCUCUUAUCAACGCCCGUAACGGAAUCCAUUUCAAAAUCUUUAUCAAUAAAGGUUAAUGGAAUCAUUUUUACAGUUAAGUUCUCUGAGGAGGAGUCCAGCGACGGGAUGCAUGUUAUGAAUACAGAUUUUAAGAUUAAAGAAGCUUACGAGGAAGGCGAGGAAUCUUCAACGGACGGAUCUGUUAGUAUAGAUUUCAACAUGCCUAGAAUGGAAGCUACAGAAAAUAGAGGAUUUGAAGAAGAUGAUGACGUGGAGAUUCAAUUAGGAGUGCAGGAGACAAAUCAGCAAGAGGCGGAGAGAAAUAUGGACACGGUGGCAUCAUCAGAGGGGGACACAUCAAUUGUUAAGAAGAAGGGUCAACCAAAUGGACAAGAAAAGAGCAUGUUAGGUUCUGGAGAAGCAGCAGAAGAUGAAGAUUUGGUGUCAGCGGGAACAGCCGAAAAGCAGCAGAGUUUAGGGAGCGCAACGGGUAGUUUGGAAGGGCUUACAAGCAAGCAAUUAAUGAGUGAUGGGCUCGAGAAGGAAGAAGGACAGGUCCAGCUGGAGACGGAAACAUGCAGAGAGAGUAUCGGGAACAGCUACAGUUUCAAUAAUGGGGAAAGGAGAGAGAUAAGGGGGGAGAAAAUUUCAAAAAUAACAACGGACAAAAUUGCAAAAGGAAAUGGGCCGGGUGGGCUCAAUGAUGAGAUGGAUCCAGGUAAGAGUAGUAACGGGCCAAUAUUGGGUGGGAAAAAUCAAGAAGUGCAAAGCCCAUAUCAGAUAAGUAAAGAAACUAAAGAAAAAUUAAAAGAGGGUAAGCACGUGAGGCCAGGAGCAACAGAAUCAGACCUGUUCUGGGAAGACAUGGACAGCGACGCAGGGGACUUACCAGAGUGGGCAAAAGUUCUUGAAGGGAAGAAGAGCAAAAAGAAAAAAAGGAAAGUGAAGCUGUGCCGUUCAGUGUAUAUGAAAUCUAGCGGGCUUGAAGGUGUUCUGGUGCAGAAGAAGAAGAAGAAGAAGGGAACUCAAUCGGUGACAGAGAAAAUGACGCAGCAAAUCAUAUUCCAGGCUGAUCCAGCGGACUCAGUUGCAGGUGACUCCAUAUAUGACAGUAAUAUACAAAACUGCAACAAGGGGAUUAGAGUGAAGAGCAAAAUUAAAGACUCCGAAGCUUUAUGGAGCUAUAUCAAGGAGUUGGGAGUUGCAAUGAAAGGGGAUGAGCUACCAGCAAUCCGAAGGCUUGAAGAAAUGGAGCAUCGAGACAAGGAAAGAAGAAGGAAAGAUAUGGCAACACCGACAACAAGAAAUCAGAGGGAAAUUCAUGAGCUGGUGAAUAAACAUAGACCAGAGGUUUUAUUCUUACAAGAAACAAAAGUAGAAAAUGUUGAUAAAAGUUAUUGUAGAAGGUUAUGGGAUUCAGAUGACAUGGAUUGGGUAGCAAAAUCAUCCUUGGGUGCCUCGGGCGGUUUAAUUAUCAUAUGGAACAGGGCAGUGCUAAAGAAAGUAAGUGUUUUUGAAGGGGAGGGAUACAUUGGGAUCCAGGGGUUAUGGGGUGCUGAUGCCUUACCAUGCUUUCUGUGUAAUGUGUAUUCCCCAUGCGAUCUUGAGAGGAAGAGGAGUGUAUGGAGAGAACUUGAACAAAUGUUUAGGAAAAACAGGGGGUGUUGGUGUCUUGGUGGGGAUUUUAAUGCUAUUAGAAGUUUGCAGGAAAGAAAGGGGGGUAAGAGCGCCAGAAGAGAAGUAAAGGAGUUUGAACAAUUUAUAGUGAAUAACAGCCUGACAGAUUUACCAUUGCUAGGAAGGAAGUACACAUGGUACCAGCCAAAUGGACAAUGUAUGAGUCGUUUGGAUAGGUUCUUGUUCAAUGAUGAUUGGAUGACAAAAUGGCCUGAUUUAAAGCAAUGGGGACUUGCUAGAUCUCUGUCGGAUCAUUGCCCGAUACUGGUAAAAAAUGAGACACGGAAUUGGGGGCCAAAACCAUUCAAGUUCUUCAAUGCCUGGCUACAUACUCCUGGAUUUAGAGAAAUGGUUGCAGCAAAAUGGAAAGAAUUUAAAGUUCAAGGAUGGGGAGGUUUCAUUGUUAAGGAGAAAUUAAAGUUGAUGAAGGACUUUCUUAGGGAAUGGUCUAAGUCAUCUUUGCAAGAUGUGGAUAGAAAGAUCGAGGAGGCCAAAAAGGAGAUAAACAGAAUCGAUAGAAAAGGAGAAACUUGCAGCUUAACAGAUGAUGAACUCAUGACCAGGAGCAAACAUUAUGCUAAUUAUUUCCAUAAGAGCAUCACAGCAAGAUGGCGCAGGAAUGAAAUUAACAUAAUAUCAGUAGAAGGCAGAGAAUUGAAGCAAGUGGAUGAGAUAAAACAAGGCAUAAUGGAGUAUUUCCAGAAAUUAUUCACAGAUGAUGGAUGGUCAAGACCAACUCUACAGGGGUUAACUUUCAGAACCAUUUCGGACAAUGAUAGAAGCAUGCUUACCCAACCAUUCACAGAAGAAGAAGUCAAAGAGGUGGUAUGGACCUGUGACAGCACUAAAGCGCCAGGGCCAGAUGGUUUUAAUUUUGGAUUCUUAAAGGCUCAAUGGGAGGUGAUGAAAGAAGAUGUCUUGAAGUUCCUUAUGGAUUUUCACAAAAAUGGAAGACUGGUAAGGGGUUCUAAUGCAUCAUUUAUUGUUUUGAUACCAAAAAAAGAGAACCCUCAAGGUAUCGAGGAGUAUAGGCCUAUCUCCUUAAUUGGUUGCAUCUAUAAAAUCCUUGCUAAAUUACUAGCAAAUAGACUCAGCAAGGUAUUGAAUGGAAUCAUAGGUGAAAAUCAAUCUGCAUUCAUUGAGGGAAGACAAUUGGUUGAUGGGGUGGUAGUGGCGAACGAAGCAAUUGACGGAUUUGGAGAAGAUGGAUCUCAGAGUGUGUGAAGUCCAAUACUGUAUCUGUUCUAGUAAAUGGAAGUGCUACCA